AUGUGGGACUUCGCUGUUGGCCCCAGCAGGAAGCCCCCCAAGUACCCGGGUCAGACCCUGCCAGAGGCGCCCAAGUACCCGGGUCAGACCCUGCCUGAGCCUCCCAAGUACCUGCUUCAGACCCUUCCUGAGCCUACCAAGUACCCCGGUCAGAUCCCCAACCACCACAAGCAACAGUACCAGCCACCCAAGUACCCGGAUCAGACCCUUCCUGAGCCUCCCAAAUACCUGCCUCCCAAGUACCCGGAUCAGACCCUGCCUGAGCCUCCCAAGUACUUGCCUCCCAAGUACCCGGAUCAGACCCUGCCUGAGCCUCCCAAGUACCUGCCUCCCAAGUACCCGGAUCAGACCCUGCCUGAGCCUCCCAAGUACCUGCCUCCCAAGUACCCGGAUCAGACCCUGCCUGAGCCUCCCAAGUACCUGCCUCCCAAGUACCCGGAUCAGACCCUGCCUGAGCCUCCCAAGUACUUGCCUCCCAAGUACCCGGAUCAGACCCUGCCUGAGCCUCCCAAGUACCUGCCUCCCAAGUACCCGGAUCAGACCCUGCCUGAGCCUCCCAAGUACCUGCCUCCCAAGUACCCGGAUCAGACCCUGCCUGAGCCUCCCAAGUUCCUGCCUCCCAAGUACCCGGAUCAGACCCUGCCUGAGCCUCCCAAGUACCUGCCUCCCAAGUACCCGGAUCAGACCCUGCCUGAGCCCCCCAAGUACCUGCCUCCUAAGUACCCGGAUCAGACCCUGCCUGAGCCCCCCAAGUACCUGCCCCCCAAGUACCCGGGUCAGACCCUGCCUGAGCCCCCCAAGUACCUGCCCCCCAAGUACCCGGGUCAGACCCUGCCUGAGCCCCCCAAGUACCUGCCCCCCAAGUACCCGGGUCAGACCCUGCCUGAGCCCCCCAAGUACCUGCCCCCCAAGUACCCGGGUCAGACCUUGCCUGAGCCCCCCAAGUACCUGCCCCCCAAGUACCCGGGUCAGACCCUGCCUGAGCCCCCCAAGUACCUGCCCCCCAAGUACCCGGGUCAGACCCUGCCUGAGCCCCCCAAGUACCUGCCCCCCAAGUACCCGGGUCAGACCCUGCCUGAGCCCCCCAAGUACCUGCCCCCCAAGUACCCGGGUCAGACCCUGCCUGAGCCCCCCAAGUACCUGCCCCCCAAGUACCCGGGUCAGACCCUGCCUGAGCCCCCCAAGUACCUGCCCCCCAAGUACCCGGGUCAGACCCUGCCUGAGCCCCCCAAGUACCUGCCCCCCAAGUACCCGGGUCAGACCCUGCCUGAGCCCCCCAAGUCCCUGCCCCCCAAGUACCCGGGUCAGACCCUGCCUGAGCCCCCCAAGUACCUGCCCCCCAAGUACCCGGGUCAGACCCUGCCUGAGCCGCCCAAGUACCUGCCCCCCAAGUACCCGGGUCAGACCCUGCCUGAGCCGCCCAAGUACCUGCCCCCCAAGUACCCGGGUCAGACCCUGCCUGAGCCGCCCAAGUACCCGCCCCCCAAGUACACAGGUCAUACUGUACCUGAGCCCCCCAGGUACCCGGGUCAGACUCUGCCUGAGCCCCCCAAGUACCCGCCCCCCAAGUACACAGGUCAUACUGUACCUGAGCCCCCCAGGUACCCGGGUCAGACUCUGCCUGAGCCCCCCAAGUACCCGCCCCCCAAGUACACAGGUCAUACUGUACCUGAGCCCCCCAGGUACCCGGGUCAGACUCUGCCUGAGCCCCCCAAGUACCCGCCCCCUAAGUACCCAGGCCAUACUGUGCCUGAGCCCCCCAGGUACCUGGGUCAGACCCUGCCUGAGCCGCCCAAGUACUGGCCCCCCAAGUACCCGGGUCAGACCCUGCCUGAGCCUCCCAAGUACCUGGAUCAGACCCUUCCCGAGCCUCGCAAGUACCUGGGUAAGACCUUUGACCUCCAGCAGCAGUAUUGGGCCCCCAAGUUCCCCAGUCAGACCCCCACCUGGCAAAAGUACCCGGGUCAGACCCAGCAGCAGUGGCCCGGCUCGGUCCAGCCUGGAGCUGACUUGUGGGACUUUCCUGUUGGUUCAGAUGUCAAACCAGCUCCUGAAGAUCAAAACCAGCAGCGUCUUCCUCCCUCUUACCUGGUUCAGUACCAGACCUCCUCCACAGCUCUAGACCUGAAGCCACCCUCCGAACCCGACGUGAACCGGGUCAAGACGCGCCCUGGUUCUGCAGGACCGUAUCCUCUCCUGUUCUGGCGGCCAGGCCAGGUCCGUCAGCGCCACCAGAACCCGUUCUUCAUCGUCUACUGA